AAAUGGAAAAAAAAAAAAAAAAAACGAAUUGCUGACUUGAAGACUUUAAUGGACAAAUAUCUGGUCUGGUUACAAAUAAUAUAGUGAAUCUAUUUCAGUCGACUAGUCUCUAUGCUGUACUCGUACGAUACGGGGUUUCGACGUUUUUAAAUUUAAAUUGUUGAAUAAGGGAUACAUUUUGUAAUGUUGUCAUGAGCCAUGAGACCUGUCCACGGAGCCAGCCCAUCAUUUUCAAUCCUGAUUUCUUUGUGGAGAAGCUGCGACACGAGAAACCUGAUGCUUUCAUGGAAUUGGUUCUCAGUAACGUCACACGGCUGAUUGAUCUUCCAGGGACUGAAUUUGCUCAGCUCCUGGGGGAGGUGGAUCCCAAACUGCACAGUGGAACUGGGGUGGCAGCAGGGUUUUUUCGCUCUUUAAACUUUCUCAAACGCAAAGAUAAAGGUGUUGUAUUUGGAGCCCCUCUGACUGAGGAAGGGAUUGCACAAAUUUACCAGCUAAUUGAGUAUUUGCACAAAAACUUACAAGUGGAAGGGCUGUUCCGAGUCCCUGGGAACAGCAUCAGGCAGCAAGCUCUGAAGGAGUGUCUGAACAGCGGUACUGAUAUAGACCUGGAUUCUGGGGAAUAUCAUCCUAAUGACGUGGCCUCCUUGCUCAAAACAUUUCUCGGGGAACUGCCUGAAACACUGCUGACUCAUAAGCAUUACCAUGCUCAUCUUAAAAUAGCAGACAUGACCCUGUUUGAUGAGAAGGGGAAUAAGACCACAGUUCCAGACAAAGAGCGUCAGAUUGAGGCUCUGCAGCUGCUGUUCAUGCUUCUUCCACCUGCCAAUCGCAGCCUCCUGAAGCUCCUGUUGGAUCUCCUCUACCAGACUGCCAGGCAGCAGGAGAAAAACAAGAUGUCUGCCUCUAACCUGGCCCUCAUGUUCGCCCCUCAGAUCAUGUGGCCAAAAAAUCUGACGGCAUGCGACCUCCAAGAGAACAUGAUGAAACUGAACUAUGGCAUGGCAUUCAUGAUCAAGCACUCUCAGAAAAUAUUCCGGGCACCCUUUUACAUUCGAGAGCAUGCCAGGAUACAAUUUUCAGGAUCCAAAAUGGUUCAAUCCAAGGAUGACUUGGACCUCUUGCCAUCUCAAGGCUCCAAAGGUCUGCUCCCCUCUAAGCGGAACUGCAUGGAUCCACCCUGCUCCCAACCAGACGACAGUCGAUAUCACACAGAAGAGGCGCUGAAGGAGCUGUUCCGCCAUGUCCAUAACAUGCCAGAAUCCGCUAAGAAGAAAAAAAUAGUUAGACAGUUUAAUAAGCAGGCCACCCCCAGUACUCCAGUGUUUGACACGCUGACACCUCCCAGGAAGAAGCACGCCAGAUCUCGCUCAUUUGGAGGACUAAUAAAGCGUAAAGUAUUGGGGAACCAAUUUGUAAUGGAAAAGAAAAACAAAAAUGUGACACCAGAAACGACUACUUGUAGCUCAGGACAGAUAGACAAAGCAUGUAAAGAAGACAUCAAUCUCAAUGUGUUACAAAGGCCCCAGGACUCUCCAGCCUUGCUUAAUAGACAACUGUGUCCACAAUCUUCUAAUGAUUACCUUGGCAGAAAGAAGGAAUCUUGCAGUCUUACAAAUGUCUGCUUUUCCCCAACGCAUGAGUCUUCUGUUUAGAGAUGGAGUUCAGUAAAAUUGAUCUUUGGUUCAGCUUUGACUGUGAGAUCUCCUUUACACAUUACCUCUAACAUGAACUUACCUUAUUUUUGCAUGGACUACAUUAUUGAGCCAUAUAGACAUCUCAUUGUACUUUGUGUGUUUAUAUUUAUAUAAAACUUUGUAAUGCCAUAUUGCACACAGCAGGGGGGUGGAACAUGAACUUUUAAUUUGUAUUUGUAAAUAUACAGUAUAUGUUUCUAUUCUGUUGCCUGUAAGGUAACCUUACUAGCUUUUAAAGGCAUAUUUGUCGUUACUGACUGCGGCACCUACCUGUAGUUAUCAAAGCCACUGCUUUGUAGUUCGGCCCAUAUAAAAUCAGUUUAGUUUCUUCUGUACCAGUACUUCAGCAGUUAAGCUGAUACUGAUCUAUUUGCCAAGACUUUAUUACAGAAUUUGUUUUUGCCAAUGUUGUAAUCAUGCCUAGUUAACUUGAUUUAUAUAGGCACACAACUCUGGAAGUGCUUGGAGCACAAACUUGACUGCUCCAUCUCAAGAGGUGGGUUUAUAAGGAGUGUACUAAAGUACUGGCUUGCUGUGAAGGAUGUGGUUUUGUCUAUUUGCCAGUAGUAGAAUACAUUUGGCACCACAUGAAAAUGCUACCUGACUCCAGGGGUUUGCCCACAAUAAAUGGAAAAAGAUGAAACAUGAAUAGAAGUCUUAAAAGCUGAGUGUUGGAGGGAGUUUACUAAUGCACCCCAUAUCUCCACAACCCUUAACCAAAAAAUGAAUUCAAAACCCUGCUGGAGUGCUCUGUAACAAGCUGGAUAUUUAAGGGAACUGUAAACUAUGAACUAGAAUGAUUAAUUCAGUUCAGUUGCAAAUCCAGCAGUUACUCUACUGUCUAAUAUAGUUGAUAGUCUUAAAUAAAAAAAAAAUCUGUGGUUUUGGCACAUACUACUGCUUUGUUAUAGAGCAGGUAGGUUUUUAAAAAGCAUGCAUCUCUUUUUAUUUUAGUCUGAAAGACUAGAGAAGGAUGUUGGGUUUGAAAAGUGAUACAAUGAAGGUGAUUGUGGUACUGAAUACUGUAAAGAAGGGGCUGUUUUUUUUAUUGCAGGUGAAUUUGACAUUCUAAAAGAAACAAGCCAGCUCUUAUACUCAACAUGCUCUUGUUAUUUUAAGACAUACAUGUCACAUCUGGGGAGGAAAAGUUAGGACUACAGAUAUAAACAUAUUAAGUCAAUCAAGAUAAUUUAUUUUAGCUGUAAUUGGACCCAGAUGUAAUAUUAUGUGUAGCCUGGAUAAUAUCCCUGGGAUAAGACACCAGGUGGCAUAGUAGGAAGUAUUUUUGAGAUGUCAUUUCAUUGGUCCCUGGAAUAUUCUUUACAUGGUUUUUAGUGGUGGGACCUAUAAUGCUAUCUGUCACUACUUAAGUGAUAUUAAGCCCCAGGACCAACACACCUACUGCCUAUUUACUGAAUAUAAAAAAGAUUGAGACAGAGGAGGUAAUAUAAUUAUUUAUGUUUUUUUAAAUGUAUGAGGUUAAUAGAGCUGUGGUAUGUAAAACAAGAAAGGAAUUGGGAGUAAUUCUAGUGAAUUGUGAAACCAGUUUAAAAUAAUCUGUGAAUUGCUUUUAAAUGUUUUCUUAACAUGAAUUUAGUUUGUGUGCUUUUUUAAUUUUUUUUUAUUUUAUCUAUUUUUGUAUUUUAUUUAUAUUAAGUGCCUUUGCUGAUUGGAAUAAUGUAACUUCCAUUUAGCCUGUGUCAGAUGUAUUAUAUAUUUUGUUGCUCAGACUUAAAGUUAAAAAAAAAGAAUUCAGAUUAAUGUCCACAAAAUCUUGGUAUCCCUGAAUAAACAGUUGUCCGAUUCUUCAAAUAUAUGCAUUAUUUUAAAUGUCUUUAUUGAGAAAGAAAAUGUAGGGUACAUUUUAGGGCACAACUGCGCACUUGAGACAGGUUGUUAAUUUAACUAAUUUGAAGAGCAGAUCUUAUGUCCAUGGAUACCAGGUUAUUUAGUAAGGAACUAAUGAGCCCAAUCCCAAAGCACCACAAACCUAACAGAUUUCAAAUUGGUAGGUCAGGAUAUUGUGAUGGCUACAUGACCACUAGAUAUUUGCCAGUCACUGUUACUUUCAUUGCCAUGGUACUAAGGCAGUAUAUUUUUUAAGGCAUUACAGAACAUCCUGUUACUUGAUACCAUUCUGGUCCUAUGUGCAAAAAUAAUUUUAACUCAAUCAAAUCAAAAUGUUAUUACAGUCGCAGGAUCCUCUGUAACUUCUGUUUGCAUUUAAGUCUGUUACGUUGUAACCACUGUGGGACCAGUCUUGCCGUGAUAUGUUUCUUGUGCAUAGAAUUUUUUUUAAAAUAGAUUAUGAUAAUAGCACAUGGACCUAUGCUUCUUGGCUGCUCCUGGUUGAAAGGACAUACUUUUUAAAACAAUAUAAAAAAAAUUCUCAACUGAACUGUAUUAGUUGAUUUUUAAUUGACUGAAAAGUCCAGACACUGUUUUUAUCUUAUUUUCUAUUAGUUAUAAUCCAAAAUGUAAAUUAUUUUAUUAAAUGAUGAUUAUAAAACCUGUUUCUCAAAUAGACAGCUUUUAUUUUUUUGAUGGUGGUUGUUAAAUUCAACACUCUGGAAGAGGGAGAGGGGUUGAAGUGAAAUGUGUCCCUCAAUUUCUGUCCUAGUGGAUUAGAGGUAUGUUGGAUAUUGAAUCCAACUCCUAAUGUCAUUAAAUGGGAGAGCAGCUCCAUCCUGUGAAAUAUGCCUCCUGGUUAGAUACCAGCUGCUGAAUACGUCCACCUUCCCAAUACAGAGAUUAAAGGCUUCAGAUAUAGCUGAGUUUGGGUUUGACAGAUUGCAGUUAGACAAUACCUUCUAUAAUAAAAGCCAAACUAAGUGAUGUAAGGUUCCCUAUUACUUAAGGGGGGUAUAAGUGACAUUUCAGAGAGUAAACCGACUGUCCAAUGUAUUACCCUAGGGUCUAAGGGCUGAGAUUACCCCCAGUUUAUUGUUACUUCAGGGAGCAGAUUACUUGUCUUCGCCCAGCAUAGUGUUGUUUAUGGUUCAGCUCCUAUCUCAUUUUGUUAGGCAGCCAUGGCUAAUCACUCGGGGAGCUGUAUCUCUGUUUCUUGCGGAAGCCUAAGACGAGAACGACUACAUACUUAAAACCUGACUACAGCACUGAAUUUGUAUUGUAAAUAGCCCUUGAUCUUAAUUAACUGGCCCUGUAUUUCAGGGGUAAGCUGCGAGUCCCUGACUCGCCAGGAGGAUAAGAUGGUCUGUUUUAUUAUUUUACUAGCUGGUUAAGAGUUCAUGGCGAGGUUUGCCAGUACUCUAUUUUUGUUUUAUUUAGUUAUAUUGCUGGAAUAGCAUAAUUGUGUCUGUUUUUGUAUUAACAAAAGUUUAAAAUGUUUUUUGUAUUUAUAUUUUUAUGUAACACAAUAUGUUUUGGUUUGCUUUUAUCUUGGUUUCAGUUGUUGGAUUAAAAAGGUUUUACCUUAA